CCCAACCGCGACUGGGAGGCGUUUCAUGGUCGCACGCGUCACCACGCCGCCGCCGGUGCCGCGAAUCACCGCCGAGCCGACGCUCACUCCCAACAAAAGCGGCAAGCGGCGACCCGGCACAUUUCUGGCCGGCGCCGGCGACGACAGAAUAAAGAUGCCGAGCGACGAGAUGCUGAAGGGGGUGGUGAUGCUUGUGAAUGAGGAGGGCAGUGUGUGCCACGUGGAUGCGGAGAGUGGUGUCAUACCGAAGCGGCCUUGCGGGCCCACGGUCGGCAUGUGUGGCACGACCGGUGAGUGGUCUGUGAUCACCGGCGAUGGCGGCCGCAUACCGGUCGCAAGGGCCAUGAGCCGUUUUGAGCAGCUGCAGCGUGAGGUGGUGGAGGCGGCGCAUGCGCAGCGAGCCGCCGAGGGCGGCGCCGAGCGCACGGCGAGCCUCGAGUCGCUCGACCGCUUCAUGUCUCUCGACGACCCUCUCGACGACUCGCUGCUCGAACCGCUCGCAGCCAUCUCGAGUGGUGACGAUGGGGGCGAUGAUCCGCUACCGCACGACCCCAAGCUGCGGCCCGCCGACCUGGAGGCCUUCAGCAAGGCUGCCGCCGGUGAGUUUGAGGGCGAGUUUGACGACGUGCUCGCGCACUUUUUCGACGGGAUCUACGAGGGGUCGUCCGCCGACGACGACGCCUCCCGCUCGUCCGGCGCCUCCUCCCGAGGCUGCCCCUCCUCCCCCUCGUCGGACAGCCGGCCCAGCUCGCCGCGCCUCGAGGUCGACCCGCGCUCGCGCCACGCGCUGGCGGCGAGGCUGGCGGGGCAGACCCCGACCGCGUAGCGUAGCGUAGCGCUCGGCGAGAGCCGGCCCGGGGAGGAGGGAGGGGGGGGGGGCGGCAGUGUAGGCGUGCCGAGCAGAGCAGGGGGAGAGGAGAGGCGGGGGAGAGAGGCUGGGGAAGCGGAGAGCAGAGAGCGAGCAGAGCGAGCAGGGCGAGAGCGCGCAAGCGAGAGCGAGCGAGCGAGACGGCAUCUACGAGGAUGGCAUGGAGCAUGAGGCAUCCUACAUGCUUUGCAUGAGGAGAUAGAGGCAGGCGGAGGCAGCGCAUGCAGCCGCGUUUGGAUGGGUCGCCUCGCACAAAACAAGCGGCCCACUCCGUUUCCGCGAAAACGGACUGAACUCUUGUGGAUAGACUAGUGUUCUCUGUCUGUUUGAGGGCCCUGCGGUUGGAAUGUGUGUAUCUGUGCGCCAUGUUCAUAUUAUAGCCAUAGAAA